AUGGUCUUCGCUCCCUUCUUGAAGAGGGCUCGGACCCUGCUCCGCGUCCGCAACCAGCUUGUGCGGGAGUGCCUGGCCGAGCUGCUGGCCGUCUUCGUGCUCAUCCUCAUCACCCUGGGGGGGUCGGCGCAGACGGUCACCAGCUUGGGCACCAAGGGCGACCUCCUCACCUCCCACCUGGCCGGGGCCCUGGGCGUUAUGGUGGCGAUUUACAUGGCUGGCGGGGUCUCAGGCGCCCACCUGAACCCGGCUUUCUCCCUCGCCCUGUGCAUGCUGGCGCGGUUCCCAUGGUGGAAAUUUCCCAUCUUCCUCACCGUGCAGACCCUGGGAGCCUUCCUCUCCGCGGGCGCCGUCUACGCCCUCUAUUAUGACGCCAUCCAGAACUACAGCAACGGCACCCUGGCCGUCUCCGGCCCCAGGGAAACCGCCUCCAUCUUCGCCACCUACCCCGCUGACUACCUCUCGCUCCGCAACGGCUUCCUCGACCAGGUGAUGGGCACCGGGCUGCUGGUGGCCGGUGUCCUGGCCAUCGGGGACCCCCGCAACAACGGCGUCCCCAGGGGCCUGGAGCCGGUGGCCGUGGCCCUGCUGGUCUUCUCCAUCGAGCUCUCCAUGGGCUCCAACUGCGGCAGCCCCAUCAACCCCGCGCGGGAUUUCGGGCCCCGGCUCUUCACCUACGUGGCGGGCUGGGGCACCGAGGUGUUCAGCAGGGGCAACGGCUGGUGGUGGGUGCCCGUGGUGGCCCCGCUGCUGGGCGCCGUGGCCGGCUCGGCCCUUUACCAGCUCUUGGUGGCCUUUCACCACCCGGCGGAGGAGAGCGACAGCCCCGGCGUCGAGAGGAACAUCAUGAUCCCCAUCGCCACCAGGACGCCCUAUGGGGACAAGUGA